AGAGAAUUAACCAUUUCCCUGGCAUGGGCGAAAUCUGCCGGAAAGACUGCCUCGCAAGAAACAUGUCCAAAAUGAUCAGGUGCCAGCCACACGAGUACAACUUCACACCCAGAACCUGGAUCUUCCCCGCUGAGUACACACAGUUCCAGAACUAUGUCAAAGAGCUGCGCAGGAAACGCAAGCAGAAGACCUUUAUUCUCAAACCUGCCAAUGGAGCCAUGGGUCAUGGGAUCUCGCUUAUCCGUAGCUGUGAGAAGCUGCCAUCCCACGAGCACUUUAUUGUUCAGGAGUACCUGGACAAGCCCUUCCUGAUGGAGGGCUACAAAUUUGACCUGCGCAUCUACAUCCUGGUUACUUCCUGUGACCCGCUCCGCAUUUUCCUGUACAACGACGGUCUGGUUCGCAUGGGCACCGAGAAGUACCACUCGCCCAACGACGCCAACCUGACCCAGCUUUACAUGCAUCUGACAAACUACUCUGUGAACAAACACAAUGAGAACUUUGAGCGAUUUGAGGCAGUAGACAGAGGCAGCAAGAGGUCCAUCAGCUGGUUCAUCGAGUUCCUCCGCGUCAACAACUGUGACGUGUCAAAGUUCUGGGAAGACAUCUCAGAGUUGGUGGUGAAAACACUGAUAGUGGCUGAGCCCCAUGUGCUGCACGCCUAUCGCAUGUGUCGCGCCGGGCAACCACCAGGGAGCGACAGUGUCUGCUUUGAGGUCCUGGGCUUUGACAUCCUCCUGGACCGCAAACUCAAACCCUGGCUGCUGGAGAUCAAUCGAGCUCCGAGCUUUGGGACUGAUCAGAAGCUUGAUUACGAUGUGAAGAAAGGGGUGCUGCUCAAUGCUCUCGAACUCCUCAACAUCAGGGCCAGUGAUAAGAAAAGAAACCUGGCUCAGGAGAAGGCAGAAGCUCAGAGGCGGCUUUAUGGUCAUGGCUUCAUGAGGAAACUUUCAGCUGCUUCCACGGACUGGGAGAAACAACGUCACACGCUGGAACGGAGAAGAGAGGAACUGAAAGAACAACUUGCACAGGUUCGCAGGCAGGUUUCCAGGGAAGAACAUGAAAAUCAACAUCUGGGGAAUUACAGACGUAUUUACCCCCCAGACGACAAGCUGCUGUUGGAAAAGUAUGAAAGCCUGCUCUCGGCCGCCUUUCAGACCUUCCUCGCCGGGCGAGCUGCCUCACUUCAAAAGGAAAUGAAUAAUCCUCUGAAACGAAUGAAGGAAGAAGAUAUACUGGAUCUCCUGGAACGAUGUGAGCUGGAUGACGAGAAGCUGACGGGCAAAUCCUCCAGGCAACGAGGCCCAAAGCCCUUGACCGCCAUGCCGGAAUGCAGCCAGACGCCAAGAGGCCAACGACCAGACUACCUGGCUGACUUCUCCAGUGGCAGCAGCGAAGAUAAUUCAUGCUCGUCGUCCAAUGAAGAGGAGGAAGAGGAGACAAGAAAAACAGAAGAAGUGGAAAUUAAAGAAAAGAGAGGCGAGAAGAAGGUCUCCUAUGACCUCAGUGAAAGCAAGGAGAAAAACGUGGCUGAGCGCUCAGGCCGCAUGUUCUGGAAACCUCCAAUCAAGUCCCCCAAAACAGGCACUACUCCCUCUGUGUCUCCGACCCUUUCUGGUCCAAUCAGACGUUCUAUCUCUUGCCCUCGGUGCAUUGCCUCCCUCCCGUCACCCAAUGAGAUGCGAUCAUUUUCCACCAGGCCAUCUUCGAUGAUUCCGAUGGCAACGCCUCUCGCCAGGCCGAGCUCCGCGACGCUGAGCUCCGCCGCGAUUCGCUCUCAUUCGCUGAGCCGCAGUGUCUCCGCCCACCGUGUGCCUCACAGCAGCAGCCUGGGGACUAUCCACUCUAAUGUGGGGGAACCGUUGAUAAGCUUGAAGGCUAAGGAGCAGGAGGCCGACAUGGUGCGUCAGACCCUCUCAGCGCUCACCGCCAUGCGGAUCAGAUUUCCAGGGAAGACUGAAGAAGAGGCUGAGGCAGUGCUAGACGAGAUUCUCGACAACUGGAGAUACCAUAAAUCAAAGGUGGCGUCAUAUUGGUUGGUGAAGCUGGACUCGACCAAACAGCGGAAGGUGUUGGACAUUGUUCGUUCAAACGUUCGCCUGGUGCUGCAGCGGAUCUGGAGGGAGCCGGACGUAGAGAACCUGCACCUCUAUCGGCUUUUUAAACGCGUCUUCAAUCGACUGUUGUGGAGUCAUGGCCAGGGCCUUUGGAGCUGCUUCUCCAACACCGGCUCGUCGUGGGAGAUCAUCUUCAGCAAGAGCAGUGAUGCGGUGUCGCCCCAGGAGCUGCAGUGCUGUCGCCGACUCGUCCAGCUGUGCCGGGACUGCCUGCUAGUCGUUUACAAGUUUGUCUCAGAGUCACGUGGCACUUUGACAAGCUUCAGUCCUGAUUGGGAUGAUACAAGCUUUCCAUUCGCUGCUGGACCAACCUCCACCCAUGGCUCCCCUCCUGCUGCUGUCGCUGCUGCUUCCUCUACCUCCUCUUCUUCCGUCUCUUCGCCCCUCAACUCAGGUCUCUGCUUGGUUUAGUUCCACCCCCCCUCAUCCUGCAACAAUGCCUCUUCUCACUGCUUUCUGUCGGUGCCACCACUUCAACAUUUCAAUGAAGGCCUGAUCAAACUUGCCCGAAGAUGGUUGCUUUGGCUGCAGAACCAACAGUCUGGCAUGAUGUCCUUCUCCUUCUCUCAUUAGCCAAAAAAAAAAAAAAAAAAGUCCAUAUUGAGAUUAUAAUAGCAUAAUGAGACAGUUUAAUGAUUGCACUGUUUUCCCCAAAUUUGUCACUCUGUGUUGCAAGAGAAAAAAAAAAAAUAAGGAGAAGAAAUCACAUUCAGACUGGAGCACUUUCAGUCGACACUGCAAACAUUCAACCUGUUUGCAGCACAGCACUCGAGUGCCACCACGUCUUUAACACAAUGUUUUAAUCAAGAGCAUCCUACUGUAGCCUGAGAACAUUUGAAGUACAAGUGUCUCAGUGGGAACUGAGAGCUUCACCUGCACCGCAUUUGUGCCAUGAUCAACCUAAGCACCGCUCUCUUCCCGUCACAGGUUGACAGGGGCAAAAAAAAAAAAAAAAAGUUUGGUUUAUAACAUGUGGUUUGCAGUUCCACAAGUGGCUCACAUCUCUCCAUCGGCAUGCGAAGGGCCGCGCACAAGCCACUGCCGCCACUUCAGAUGGCUGAGAAGCAAUUAGAAUUUUAUUUUCCCAUCGAUGCAUAUGCAUAACAUGAAAGGCUAAACUGUGUGGAUGUGAAAGUGUAUGGGUGUGCAUGCUCAUGUCCUGUGCCGUGACCCGAUAGCGGUCCCUCUCUCUAGACACUCAAGUUGACUUCUUUAGCUGUAUUUACAUCUGAAAGACCAAGUGGCGGUCUAUAUAAAAGCUCUGAAGUCAUAUUUUAGCUCAGUGCUGGCAUUUUACUUACAGAAAAUGUGGAUUAUAGGGACUGACCCUGUCUUUUACAUUAAAAUUACCCAUGAACAUGAAUAGCCAAACAUAAACCUCAUCAUGUACAUGUGUAAGCUGUGUUUCUGAACCUACUUUAAAAAGGUAAACCUAUACGUCAGUGGAAGUGCAAUAAAACGCACGAUGCUUUUGAAAGGCUGUUUUGCAGAAAAUGGUAAAAGGACACAGAUGUUUUUCAUUUCCAUAUGAAUUACCUUUCAGUUUCCCCAGCCCUCAACAUGAUCAUAUACAAAGAAGCACUGGUUUGCCUUAGAAGACAGCAACCUUCAGGGCUGUGAAAUGAAGCCAGAUGGCUCGAGCAGUGAGCAGGUUUCAUAAACGGCAUAUUUUAAUGCCAAACUUUCAAUAACCAGAAGCAGUGGCUCAAGUCUGAGGUAAAUAUUCAAAUUCAUCACAAAGGUGGCAUUUUUCUUAUUUUCUUUUUUAAAUAACUCUCAAGUUAAAACUGAAUUUUGAGAAAGUUGCACCUAAUGAAACUUUUGUUGGCGAGACUGACAGGUGGAUUCUAUUACUGCUGUCUAUUAAGUGCUCACAACCCACACAGAGUGCAAAGAUCAGAACCUUAGAUAGCAGUAGAAAAGCCCAGGGUGACACCCUCUAUUAUUUUGAGUAAAUAGCAAAACCCUAAGGUACAGUGCAGCAGAUUUACAGUACCGUACACCUUACAAAAACAGGAUGAAGUGUGUGUUUAGGUAUAUGGCUCAACUUACCCCAUACACACGGUAAGUUUUGCCAUGAGACACCAUUUUUUGGACAGGCUAUAAUAUCAAAACAGUUAUAUCCACAUUUGUUCUGAUUAUUUGAAGGAAUGCACAAUAUUCUGAAAUAUAUGCAGAUAUGCAAGUUUGCAAUCAAACUAAGGUUGCCUUGAUGUAGUGAUCCUUAAUACGAAAAAUGACUCAUCUUACCCCAAUCUCCCCUACUGAGGUAUUAAAUCCCUUACACUAUGAUACCACUAUAUACCAACCAAUUUCCUUCAAAAUUCCACCUGUGUGUAAUCUUAGAAAAUAAACACAACAGAUAAGUUUAAUGCAGCUUUAAACUACAUCUAAAUCCCUAGCUUUGAAUUUCUCACAAAGCACUGUCCAUUCUAUCGCUCAAAAUAGGAAAUCGCUGCAAAUCUACCAAGUCACAACUGUUUACCUAAACUAAAAGGCCAGACAAACAGAGAACCAGACAAGAGGCCAAUCCACAACUCAAGCGUGAAAAUUCCUGGACAGGACUACUAACCACAAAUCUGGCCUCUAUGAACGAUAGUCAGGAAGACGUCUUUGCUAGACGAAAGAAGUCCCAUUUUAAAUUUUACACCAUUCAGCUAUCGAACACAGCAAAAACAUGGUAUAAAAUGGAAUGUGGCGAACACAUUCCCCAAUUCAAUUAAUGUUGGCAGCAAAAUUAAUGUUCUGCAAAAUGAUGUUAAAUCUCUGUAAAAUCUGACUGAACUUGAAAUCCAAGGGGAAUGAAUACUUUUACUGGGCAGUGUUGACUACUUGAUUUCUUUAAAAUCAUCUUUUCCCUCAUGUAUCCAAUGUGUAAACAGAUUAGGUCUCCUCUUUGCAGCAUUCCAUGUGGAUCAAAGUUCGUCUAUUACUUGGGAUCCGCCGGGUUUCUGUCACUGACCACACCUGUCUGCUCCUGUUCAAACACAUCCCUUCUGUGUGAAGAGCUCUGAUCAAGUGUGUCAAAACCCUCAUGAGCUGGAGGACCCUCAGUGGGCCUGUGUGGGCUGAUGAGAGGAAGUAGCCAAAUAGCCUUACUAAUGACUUUCUUGUUAAGCCUGGAAUUACUGGCAAUACCAAAAGACUUCAUUUUCUCAUGAUGACAAAAGUUUCAAAUUCUAUUAACUUUCAUUUGUCUGAAAAGUGUGGCAGUAAUUAGAGCUAAUUGAGGUGUUGAGCUCAAUGUGGGCAGCGAAUAACCUUUGAGACGCCGAAGCCUCUUGGUUGAUGAUUGCGUCAGCUGUCGUUGCAGUCUCCGCGUCCAUCCUUAGUCAUGAUAUGUUGUUUUCUCUGGCCUUCUCAUAAUGCGCCAUGGCAUUCACGUCCCAAUGGAUGACUGUAGACUGGCCUGUCAGGAGAUACAGUAGUUUAUAGCAACUUUGCAUCCGUUAGUCGCAGCUCAUGUCUCUGUUGAUGGAUUUAAGCAAAAGCUCAAGUGCAUGAACAAGCCUCCCCCUCUGGCCGUCUUUGUGAUCAAAAGGAGGACGAACCUGGAAGAUGCCGAACGAGGGUCCAAUUAAAUGUAGCCUGCAGAGACAGCAGCCGCUUGGACGUGAGAGGCGCUCUGCCUUCCCCACAUCUCACCACUGCCAGAGUGAUUCUUUUUAUGAGCUGAAUAUUCUCAAAGUGAAUUGCAGAGGAGCUGCAAAGAACACACACUCAGCCCGACAUGAAUGUUCAAUAUUUUUCUUUCUUUUUUCCUUUGCCAUGCUGACUUUGGGGGAAGCGACAGAACGCAUGGAGCUGAGCAAUGGGAAAACAAACAAAUAAAACAAGGCAAAAAUCAAGUUCAUUUGUAAUGUUUAAAUCUUUGUAUGAAAUCAUUUGUUGCAGAGUAAA